CGGAUUUCUCGUUUGGUCAUUCCAGGUACGAACAUAAUUAGGCAGAUCACAGAUAUGUCAGAUGCCGCGCCACCGUCAGUGCGAAAAUGAUUGCACAUAGCACGCGAGACUCAUCACUUCCCUCCUUCCCCCCCUAGGUUUUGUUUCUCAUCCUACUCGUGUUGCGUGUAUUAAGCCCAACCUUGAGCACAAACGAAAAUACGGACAACCCAGAUAAUGGAAUUUUUGCAUCUUUCAUCCCUUCGAAUGUCAACCAUCUCACGAGGGCGACUCAAUUCAUGGCCAUACUCUCCUACUGUAUAUUUGCAGACGAAAGUCUCAAGGAUAUUGUAACCGCUGUCGAGACAUUUCCCAAUAUAAAGGAAGCUAAAGAGGGGGACAGGGUUGACUUGAUGAUAGUCUCUUCCGUCUUGCGUUUUUCACAAGGCUUUCUGGCCACUAUUGUUGUCCUCCUCUUGGUGGUCAACACCCCGGAUGUUGUUGACAUUGUUCUGAACUUUACGGCAGUUAAUUUUGUUUCUGCCUUUGAUGAUGUUGCCUUCGAGUUGGCGCAAUGGGGAAAGUACGGCCCGCAUUUGGAAGCUGAGACCAAACGAAUCGAAGAGCUAACCGCCCCAGACUGCAUGACUCGCAAAUCCAAUUAUGCUCGAUAUCAACUAACAAUUAUCCCCGUUGCCACGACUUUGUUGAUUAUGCUUAUCAUGAUGGCUUACCGCCAAGAUUCUCCAGAUCAUUGGCUUACCCACCGCCUUCGAGUGCAAUUCGAGGAUGGCACAAGCAUGGAACAAUACAGUGGCUGCUAUGAUUUGGAUCCAAGUUCGUCUUCUUCGCGAUUUUGGAACAGACGUGUAGCCUACAAAAGUUUUCCGCAAAAUCCCAGCACAGCGAGAAUGAGUUACUGCAUGAAGGAGCGCAGGUGGAUCUUAUAUGGAACCAAUACUACAGAUGCUUGCUCGGUUAAAAUAGAAGACCGACUGGCUUAUUCUGAUAUUACGUAUGCUUUUGGUGAGUACCGUGGCAGAUGAAAAAUCCACAGAUUUUAUGAUUCGUUGGUUGAAAGGAAAAACCUUCAAGAAUGCAUUUUUGAGUCAAUCAUCGCAGUGUCUCAUGCCCUACUAUUUUUUGAAACAGACGUAUCAUCAGCCUUUGAAGUGUCUUGGUCCUCAAGGUGCGUGAAACAAAUGCGAACAAAGUCUUUGUAUUACGACAUGAUUGUGCGCCGAAAACUCUUCAUUUAUUUAUUGCUGAAUUGUCUUCUUUUCAUUCGUUCUUUUUUUGCAAUUCCACAUCUAUGGCAUUUAUUCAGCGGUGCGCCUCUAGAGAUGUAUUUUUUUGAGGACGACACUGUCUUGGAUGACGGUAGGUGUGGCUCAUUCCUCGGUGAUGGAACAUGUAACUAUGCUUUUAAC